UCACAUUCCAAGUUCAAGAACCCUAUCAGUUUCUCAUUUUCAAGUCUGCAAAACCCCUAGCCAGCCACUUCCCCGCCGCCGCUCCGAACCAUGGGCCGAGUCCGCACCAAGACGGUAAAAAAAUCCUCUCGCCAAGUGAUUGAGAGGUACUACUCUCGCAUGACCCUUGAUUUCCACACCAACAAGAAGAUCAUCGAAGAAGUGGCUAUCAUCCCUUCCAAGCGUCUCCGCAACAAGAUCGCUGGCUUUUCCACCCAUCUCAUGAAGCGGAUCCAGAAGGGUCCCGUUCGUGGCAUCUCUUUGAAGCUCCAAGAAGAAGAGCGUGAGCGUCGCAUGGAUUUCGUCCCCGACGAAUCCGCCAUCAAGGUUGAUCAAAUCGAAGUCGAUAAGGAAACUCUCGAUAUGCUUUCGGUUCUCGGGAUGGCUGAUAUUCCCGGCCUUGUUAAGGUCGAUCCGGUUGCUGUUGCGGUUCCCCAAAUCGGGUUCGGUCGCGGUGGUGGACCCGGAAGGAGAUUUUAAGUGGUGGGUAUCCAUGGAUUUGAUGGGUUCUUAAAUCUUAAGUUUGUUAUGCUUAUUUUUGGUAGUUUUUUUCUCUAUAAUUUUAUGUUCCAUUUUUGAACCAUUAUAGUUGUUUCAACCUUAAUUGGUGCUCAAACUUAUUAAGCUUUAUGUGAACUUGUUUAUGAAGGUAUUUGAAGUGGGUAAUUUUCAGUUUUUCCCCUCUGAA